AUGGUACAGCUACUUCUAGUCAGAGGAGCUCAAGUCAAUGCUGGCCUAGACGCUUCCAGCAAAGAGACGGCUUUCAUGCCUGCGGCAGAAAAUGGUCAUCUCGAUGUCAUGCGACUCCUCAUAGACGGAGGCGCCGAUAUCGAGGCUGAGUUGGCAUACGAUGGGAAGUCAGCCUUCGAACGCGCAUCAACAUACGGCCACACCAGUAUUGUUCAGUUUUUGUUAGAGCAGAGCACUCAUCGUAACAUUACGAUUUCUUUACAAAAAAGAGAGUUUGCAUUUGAGUGUGCGAUACGCAACGGCCAUUACGAUGUGGUCAAGGUUUUCCUAGACGGAGGACUUACUAAAGCAGAUGUCUUUGAUCAAGUUAGAUCUAGCUUGGCGUCUGCAGCGAGAAGGGGUGAUCUCAACAUGUUUCAGCUUCUCGAAAAGCACGAACUCGGGCUUGGGGAUGACGGCUAUGAGGCUUUGGGGUUUGCGAUAGGCAAAGGCUACCGCGAUCUGGUCAAACAUAUCCUAGGAGGAUUUACCCAAGUACGCAUCAGUUCUGACGUUGACGACGGCCUGCAGGUUGCAGCCGGCAGGGGUGAUCUCGAGAUGUUUAAACUUCUCGAAGAAUACGGGUUCGAACUUAGCAGCAAGGGCAAGGGGCCUGCUUUAAUGCAUGCAAUAGGCAAUGGUCAUCGCGAUGUGGUCAAGCGUCUUCUAGACGGAGGAAUUGCUGAAGCAGAUAUCGUGUCUGCGGUUAACGUUGGCCUCGGGGUUGGAGCACGCUUGGGUGAUCUCAAAAUGUUUGAAUUCCUUGCAGAAUACGGAUUUAGGAUCAGGGGCACAGAGGAGGCGUUUGCUUUAAGGAAUGCGAUAGGCCACGGUCAUUGCAAUCUGGUCAAGUUUCUUCUAGAUGGAGAACUUGCUGAAACAGACGUCGUUUCUAAGGUGAAGGAAGGCCUGUACUAUGCAGCAUUCAGGGGCGCACUCGAGAUGUUUGAACUUCUCGAAGGAUGUGGAUUUGAGGUCAGGAGCAGCACAUAUCUCAUCGAAGCAGCGCAAAAGAACUCUCUUCCAUUGGUUAGGUUUCUGAUGGACCACGACAAGGUUAAUAUCAAUGCCACAGGCACUGAAUUUUCGAUGACACCUCUUCAAUUUGCAGCACAGCAUGGCAAUAUUGCGAUGAUCAACUUCCUUCUCGACGAGGGGGCUGAUAUCAAUGCCCCAGUAGGGAAGAAUGUGUCCCGCUAUGGGUCUACACCUCGGACUCGGUGUGCUAUUGAUCUGGCGAGAGAGCAGGACCAUCUUGAAGCGGUUAGGCUUCUUGGCGAGAGGGGGGCAAAGCGAUACAAUCCUACGGAGGAUGAGUGA